AAUGGGGAGUUGUCUUAGUUUAGUCUUAGAACUUAAAUUUCUCUGCGAGAGUUGUCCCAUGUAUACAUUACAAUUAUCAUAGGACAUUACGGUUUAUUGUAUCGUGAGUUGCCUGUUAAUUUUGUCUUCAUACAAAUGUACACGUUCAACUCUCGACUUAAAUCUAAGUAAGUGAGCGCUUACAAUUCGAUCGAUUCGUCAACAAAGUACGGAAAAUGUAUAUCUUCGUAAAGUUUAAAGGCAAAGUAUACAAAAAAAUAUCCGCAGUGCCAUCAUUUUGGGUAUUCAAAGACAAAAAUGGCGUUUCAUGGUGUUGGUGGCCAUUUUACGGCCUAACUUAUAAAUUGAAAAAUAUGACUCCGCCGCCCUUAGAAACAGAUGUAGAUGAACGCAAAAGGUGGACCCAACUACAGUGCGAAGAAUAUGUUCUUGACGGAAGUGAGUUCUUUUUCUUAUGUGCUAAGGUGUUCUUAAUGUCCUCGUCAUCUGUAGGAACCUACGAAAAAUACGAAACGGCCGAUGAUGCGAUUUCACAUUUAUACGAUUCGGACCAAUUCGAAUCAGAAUUUGCCUCGAUGGUUCCAUUCGCGGAAAGUACAGGUAUCGAAAGUCAACACAUCACUGUUGGUGACAAUCACAGCGAAGGGCAAGCUGAGACUACUACCGGAGGUAUAGAUCACCCGAAUGAAAUACAACCUAUUGUGCAAGCAACAGAAUAUGCCGCCAACAAAACUUAUAUACAAAGAGUCGGCGGUUACAUGCCAAAACAACCGAGUACAACCGAAACAACCACCAAUACAACAUACACGGUGUAUAAAGACAGUCACACCGAAAUAAAUAUGGGAACAGCCUCAGAAAUGAGUAGCAGCGAUUGUAUUUCGGCCGAUGCAACAUACACCGUAAGUGAUGGUGCUUAUGGAGCUACAAGUGGCGAUAUGGGAACAGCCACAGACAUAAGUACCAGCGAUAGUAUUUCGGCCGAUGCAACAUACACCGUAAGUGAUGGCAGUGAUCUCAGUGAUGGUGCUUAUGGAGCUACAAGUGGCGAUAUGGGAACAGCUACAGACAUAAGUACCAGCGAUAGUAUUUCGGCCGAUGCAACAUACACCGUAACUGAUGGCAGUGAUAGUGCUUAUGGAGCUACAAGUGGCGACGAAUGUGUCUACGGAUCAUUUCCACUCGACGACGACGCACCGUAUUACCACUUGCAAAAGAUGCUUGACUCAGAAUUAAAACAGAAAGAACUGAAGGAAAAAUACCAUAGCAUUUUUGCUAAAAAUGUUGUCGAUUUCAUUGACCGCAUACUGGACUAUACAUUCGAGGACAAUUUUUUUACGACGAUCGGAUUUCGAACUUGGCCCAAAAAAAUCGACAUCCGAGGCACCCAACUGCUAAAAUGUUGGAAAGAAGUCGUACACCAAAAAUAUAAUGUUGGACACAACGCCGCCGAAGAAGCCAUUAAAAAGGCGUGUACUAAAAUACGCAACAAGGGUUCGAAAGAUAAAUGCCGAAAGCAGAAUAAGAAAUAAGAAAUUAACAAAAUCUACCUACUUCACAAAAAUUUAGUUAAAAAUUCAAAAUUUUAUUGUAAUUUUUUUUUUGUUUUUGUUUUUAAU